UCCCAAUUAUUCUCCUCAUUUGAUUUUCUUUUUCUUUUGUAUCCGUUUGUUCUUCUUACGCUACUUUGUUAUUAUUGAAAAAAAUUAAAAAAAAAAAACUAUAAUGUUUGAACACGAUCAUCCAUUGAGUCUCAUAGACUUGUGGGCGGAACAACUACGACAUGAAGAAGAGUCAGAAGAAGAUGAAGAGGAGAAUGAUGAUGUUUUAAUUGCGAAAGAAGAGUUCCGAUGUUCGUGUUUCCAUUGUGGGGAAGAAAUCAAGGUAUCAUAGGUAUUAUUACUCUUGUUGUCAGUGUAGUGAUUAUUCUAUCCACAAAUUUUGUGCUGAGCUUCCAGAAAAAUUGGAAGACAUUUGUGAGGUUGGUCAUACUCUAAACUUUUACCUAGUAGACCAUGAAUGGGAGUGUAAUAUUUGUGGUAGAGAUCGUAAACCUACAAAUGCGUGUUAUCAUUGUACUCUUUGUGAAUAUUAUGUUGAUUCAAAGUGUGUUACACCAUGGCUAAAAAAAUAUAACAUCAUCAUCAUCCUAGCCACAAUCACCCACUAGUUCGCAUCCCCAAACAAUUUUUAGACGAGUGUGAUGCAUGUGGGAAGGAGCAUAAAGGGAUUUUCUAUUGUUGUACCAUGUGUCUUCGUUCAUUCCUUCAUAGUGAUUGUGCUUUUCUUCCACAAAAAUUGCAAAUCCAACAUACUACAGAUGAUAUCUUCUCCCAUAUCCAUCCUCUCACCCUUGCUUAUUCCUUUCCGGAAGCGGAUCAAAGAUCUAAGAACUCCCCACGGUGUAGGCUAUGCCUUCAAUUUUUUGAUAAUCCUAAUAUUUGGAUUUACAAAUGCGAGAAAUGUAGAUACUAUACCCAUUUGAAUUGUGCAACAUCAAGAAACGAGCCGUUCAUGUCCAUCCUCAAGUCUCCAGGUACAGGCAAAACCAGUAAAGAUUAUGAAGAUGGUGAACAUCCUGAUCUUCUUCAUCUUCCAUUUCCAGAUCCAUCUUAUAGCAUACUUAAACACUUGUUUUCCAAGGAAAAAGGAUUAAGUGCGCUAGAAAUUUCUAACAAGAUCACCUGCAAAGCACAAGGUAUUAUUCAUGAACACCCACUAAUUCUAGAGGAUAUCACAAUCCCCACCUCUUCUAGAAAAAAAUCAAUAUCCUAUCAUGACCCAAUGAAGAGGAUUCAACUUUUGUGCGACGUGUGUGUGAGACCAAUAAUGAGUGGGCCUAUUUAUGUGUGUGCCGAUGAGGUGGAGGAGCAUUGCAACUUUGUCCUCCACGAGUGGUGCUCUCGACUACCUACUGAACUAAAAGACCACUUUCAUCACCCACAACAUCCCCUUAUUCUCCAUUCAAAAACCCCUGGUGAUAAGUUUUUCGGGGUUUUCAAAUGUGAUAUUUGCGCAUUACCUUGCAAUGGAUUUGCUUACUGUUGUGAGGAAUGUGAAUACCACAUUGAUGUUAAAUGUGCCUUCUUACCUGAAGAAAUCACUCAUGCUUCACACCCAAACCACCUCCUUUCUAGAGUUAAUUGCACAGGUGAAGGCGAGCCGUGUAGUAUGUGUUGGGGUGAUAUGAAUGGUCUUAUAUUUAGUUGUCAUACUUGUGAUAAUUUUCGUGUACAUUCCAAUUGUGCUUUGUUAAUACCGGAGACAACUAGGAACAAGUGCGACAAGCAUCCUAUGAAGCUGAGUUACUUUCCCAUUGAGAACCAUAAGAGUGACUAUUUUUGUGAAAUUUGCGAGCAAGAGUUUGAUCCUGAACUUGCGUUCUAUCAUUGUCGUGAGUGUAUGCAGUCUAUUCAUACAGCUUGUGCUCCGUCAAUACUUCGAUAUGAAACAUAUACAACAAAGGAGUGGUUCUAUGAUGAAAAUGCCAUUCAUAAAUUUGUAAAUGUGAAGUUUGGGGGCAGAUAUGAGAAUACUAAAGUGCAUCCACACCCCCUUUCAUUUGUUCAAGGGAUUGAAGACGAUGGUCAAUGUGCCAGCCAUUAUUUUCAUAAUUACAUACCUCUCCGUCUCCAGUAUAGUAUGAUCUUUAAGUGUUUAGAUUGUAAAUUUGCAAUUCAUUACGAGUGUUGUGAAAGAAUGAGUAACUAA